AUGGAUAUCACUUCUCUAAAGCCACUUGAGUCCAGGCCCAAGAGCAGCAUGGGGAACAGAGUCCUGUCCUCUGACAGCUUCUUCAUGGUGGAGCCUCAGCCUGAAAGAUCAGCAAGUAAAAUACACUCCUCUCUGAAGCCCCAGAGAGGCAGGCCUCUGCAGAGAUCUCAUCUUUCCAGAACUUGGUCUGCAGCUGAGACUAGUAGAGCACCUGGAGCUAUGACCCGAUACGUGCCUGGAAGUGGAAUCUGGAUUGCAGGCUCCAAGUUCUCUGGAGUGGAACCAAAGCAGGGGGAACUGAAGAAAAGAAGAGUACAAACAAACCAAAAGAAGCUGAAAAUAGACAGCGCAGGUCCUUCAAGCCCCGAGGAGAACAACAAAACUGAGAUUUGUGAUAAGAAGACAACAGCUCAGGCUGCAAGCACAGAUGCUGCCGGCAGCCGGGGCUACCCACUCUGUGCAACAUACAGAAAACGACGUGGAAGGAAAGGAUGGAGCACUUCAGGAAUAAGUGGCAGCGGAAGGAGUUUUAAGCAGUGCAGCCCAGGGGUUGGCCUGGUUGAGGGAGCUGGGUCCCUAUCUUCUGAAAAGACUGCCCAGAAGUGCUUUUUCUGUCACCAGCCCUUGGAGGAGCAAGUUGUAGGGCAGCCCACAACUCCACAAACAGAAACCGCUGUUCCCCAGAAUUUGCUUUCAGAUAAAGAUAACAUGGGAAGGAGAGAUGCUGGUACUAAUUCUGAAGCCAGAAAAGCAUCAGCAUCACAAGCCAUACCUGCAGACAUAGAAGAAUCUCUGGCUAGUGGCCCAUCACCAUACCACGAAGAUGGGGCUUCUGGGGCCGAGAAGACAGAAGCCAGAACUUCUCUUUUACCAGUGGUGGAAAGCCCUUCUACAACCCAGGAAGAUGUCAUUUUCCUGGUGGCAGUGGGGGCUCAGGGGUUUAUGGAUCCUUCUUGUAGUCAGGCAGAAGAGGAAGGAGCUUCCUGCCUUGAUUCACCAAGUGUCCAGUUGAAAGUGGAGUCGGUUUAAGACAUCCCAACUGGCUGCAAAGAACAGCCUCCUGGACAUGUUCUCCAAGACUUUACUGCAAGCAUUUCAGGUAUGGCAAAUGUUUUGGCGGAGGGAGACAUUUCUGCAGAGAGGCUGCCUCCUAGAAGCCUUUCUCGGUCUUUGGGAAAGUCCAAAGCUGAAGAAGUCUCCUCAGGUUCAGAGAGCACGUCAGAGGCAGGGAGUGUUUCUGAGCAGCAGCUGGCUCCCAGAGACUCUUUCCAGUACUUGGAGGACCCUGGAGAGGAACAAGAAGUCUCCUCAGGUUCAGAGAGUGCAUCAGAAGAGGAUGCAGCUCCCAGGGACUCUUUUCAGUCCUUGGUGAAGCCUGAAGAUGGUCAAGAAGUCCUCACAAAAUCAAAAUGUUUUGUGGAAUUGAGUUCUGAUGAGCAGCUGGCUCCCAGAUGCCCUUCCCAACCCUUGGUUAGGCCUAAAUUCCAGCCACAGACUAGGACCCUUGAGUCAGUGAGUGCUUCAGCCAUAUGGAGUGGUCCUGUGGAGCCAGUGCAUCCCAGAUACACCUUCCAGCCCUGGGUGAGCCCCAAAGUCGAGCAACAAGCCUCUGCUGCUCCAGAGAAUGCCAAGGCUGAGGAGAGCGUUUCUGUGGAGGUGCAGCCUCCUAGAUGCCCUUUCCAGGCCUGGGAGAGCCCUACAUUGGAGCAACAAGUCUCCGUAGGUUCAGAGAGUGCCACCAUGGAACACCUUUCCCAGGCCCUGGGGAAGCAUGAGUAUAAGCAAGAAGCCCCCUCACUUUCUGAUAGCUCUCCUAAAGAGUGGAGGAGUUCUGAAGAGCAGCUGCCUUCCAAAGACCCUUUCCAAGCCAGGGAUGGGGCUAACUUCCAGCCACAGAUUUCCUCAACAGGCUCAGCAAGUGCACCUGUAAAGUGGAGCAGUUCUAAGGAGCGUCUGCCUCCCAGACACCCUUUUCAGGCUUUGGCAGACCCUGAAUAUCAGCAACAGGUUUAUUCAAGGUCUGUGACUGCUGCUGCUGAGGGAACCAUUUUUGAGAGCAAUCCCAGCAGCUGGCCCCUACCAAGAGGCUCAGCUUCUCCAGACAGAACCAAGAAACACAGCCAAGGCUUCAGAGAGCUCACUGAGAACAUCCCAGCUUCUGCUACUGAAUCGUUCACCACCACCCCUGCCUGGCAAAGUCCACUUCAGGGCACUGACUCUCAGAAGGACGUUGUUGAGAGUAGUGAUCAAGAUAACAGCCACUCAAGCUUAUCUACCAAUUGCUCUAAUAUUGAAAACCUUUUUGGAGCCCGACUGAGAAACAUCCCUUCCUCACAGAGGUACAGGAGUGAGAAACAAGAUGAAACAAGAAAAAAUUUACCGAAUUUCCUUCAUUUUCCUUGGGCCCGAUGUCAUUCUCCUUAGGUAGUGAACAGCAAAUCAGAAGAAGUGCUUCCCAGGGUCUCCUGAGCACCACAGAGAAUUGCCCCAUGAUAUCUGGCCUUGCAGAGAAGCAACACAGCAGGUCCAGACCUGAAAGCAUGGCCAAGAAGCAGCCUGCUUACCAGAUCCCAGGAAAGACUUUAUCUUUGCAGAUGGCAAGUAGGCACCAAGUGGAGGGAAAACUGGAAAUCAGUCUUGAAUGGGAAGCAGUCUGUCCUAGCCUUGCCUGCUGAGCUGUUGCUUUGAUAGGGCUGGCUUGUGGAUUUAGGGGCAGCAUAGUGGUUCAUUCUAGAUUAGUGGAUUUGGAGGUGGUUAAUUUUGAGUCUUCCACUUCUCAAGGGGGUCUCCUCUGGACAUCUAUCCAUAUUCUGCAAUGGGCACAGGACCAUCUCCCCAUUCAUUCAACUCCCACCCUCUGUAUACCUUACAUUUAGAUGGAAUUUUAUGCUUUUCUCAACUGUAUUUUUCAUGUAUUAUGCUGCCCCCAAUACCAAGAAUACUUUUAAAGCCAACUCAUUAAUAGGGCACUACGUUCAGCCUCUCGGCUUGAAAUCUUAAUUUACUGUGAACGUUUGUACUUCCGCAGUACAAACUGCUUCGAAUUCUCUCCCGUUCCUUUUGCAAACCCAGGUGGUUCCUCCCGUCCAGCAGGCCAACUUUUCCUUCCAAGAUGUUGUUACCCCUCCUGUCCCUGUUACCUGCCACAGGGAGACCUCCAGUAUCCUCCACAACACUAAUGGAGUCA